ACCUGCCCGCCAUGCGAACGUGGAAUUUCCAUCGCCGGCUGUGGUGAUUUGGCGGCGUAUAAUUAACGUGGAGGCUACAGUCUAUAUAAAGUGGGGGGAAUGUUAAUAGAGUUAAUCGAUAACUGGUCGUGGGGUGCUGCUGCCGCCCUGGCCUCACGUGCCGCCCCACCUCAGCGCGGACGCUCCUGUCGAUGCCGAUCUGCUGGCCACGGCGUGAUGGAGAGUUGACGUCGCUUGGCCCAGGGGAUAUCCAGCGUGGGGGAGACGCCCGCCCAACAUGGCUCUGCACAAGAGGCAAGAUUAAAGAAGUUAAUGAAGAAAAUGGGACAAGACACUGACAAUAUUCCUGUCGCCGGAGGUGGCGCGCUCCGUACUGCGCCGCUACGGCCGCGACAACGCAUACCUGGAGGAGAUGAAGCAGGGCAACAUCGAGCGCGAGUGCGUGGAGGAGCGCUGCAACUACGAGGAGGCGCGCGAGGCCUUCGAGAACGACGAGAAAACCAGGGAGUUCUGGAUCGAGUACACGGCGGAGCACAAGACGCCGGACUCGGAUGGCGCCGUGAGCCUCUUCGUGGUGGUUCCCGUCGCCACCUUUCUGCUGCUGCUGCUCGUGGGGCUGCUGUCGCUGUGGCGCUACCGCUCGCGCCGCCUCGCGGAGCAGUCGGAGCACCCCUCCCCGCUCGAGCACCAGCAGCACCGCGCAUACGAGCACGGUUCCGGCCUCGACUAUCGUCUCCCACAGGCGCGGGGCUGCCCGACCGUGCUGCUCGAGGCUCCGUGCGAGGGCCUGCGCGGCCUCGCGGGGGACGGCGCGGGGGACCGCGAGACGGCGUCGCUCGGCCACCGGCCCAGCUCGGCGUCCGUUGCGUCGCGCGUCUCCAACGUGGAGCCGCCGCCCUCGUACGAGGAGGUGACCGGCCUGGCGGUCACCUCCUCGUACGUGGGGCCGGCGGGGCGUGCCGCCAGCCCCACGCCCAGCGGGCCGCCGCCCGCCUACGACGACAUCAUCGUGGGCGACGUCGAGGGCAGCCCCGUAUCGUCGCUACCGCACGACGACGACGACGGCGACGACAAGUGACACCAUUGAGCCCCUCCGACUGUGCUCUCGCAUCUUGGACGGUUGGAAUUCAUCACAACUCUUGUUUGGAAAAGCACAGCAGGCCGUCGUUGAUGUCCGGCCGUACUCUGUGGUCCCUCACCACGCAGUUUGACCGGGCUGUUGAGCGGGAGCCCGGAUUGUGAACGGACGAGCCGGCUCUUCAGAAGCCACCGGCUCACAUCGCUCACCAAUCCGUUGUCGGCAACAAAUACAAAGCACGUCUAGAAUCCUGUGUGCGCGCUCGUGCGUGUGUGCGUGUACACGCGUGUGUGCAUGUGUGUGCGUGUACACGCGUGUGUGCGUGUGUGUGUGCGUGUACACGCGUGUGUGCGUGUGUGUGUGCGUGUACACGCGUGUGUGUGUGUGUGCAUGUACACGCGUAUGUGCGUGUGUGCAUGUGUGCAUGCGUGCGCGCCGAACGAGGCUCCCUCGUGCUCAACACCGCCGUUCAAGCGCGAGCAACACCAACGAGCGUCUGGUGAAGGAACCACGCGACACCACGAGAGUGCGUCGACAACCGAACCCGUGCUUUUAGACUUACAGAGUGAAGAAAUGUGUAGUUUGUCUUUGAGGUUACAGGGACAUUGCAUGCACGUGGUCUGUGUCCUGACAUAGAGAGUGUGUUGAUUGAAACCCUUUCUCUCCACAUCGUCCCCUUCACGUGCAGUGCACUUGGUUCCUCGGUGUCUCAAGGCUUUAAACUCUACCUGGAAUUGCUGCUCAACCGACUUGUUUGCGGCAUGCAUUUCUUUCACUAUGCCAUUGCUUUGUCUCAUGUCAAGGCGGUCGUCGCCAGGUCCGGUCAGUUGCGAGUUCUCCAUAUUGUUACCGAUUUUCUAUGGUUCUUAUUUCCAUGGAUUUUUUCAGAUUUUUUUUUCCCAUUUUUAGGUUUACGCGCACACGAUAUUUUUCAGUGUGCCUGCAAAAACGAGAUGAAAGUGAUACUUGGCAAUUCUUUUCGCUGAAGACUCUCACACUCGGUUGUAGCACCACUCCUGUGUCAGGCCACAGACGUUUGUGUUUUCCCUCGUAGCUGCCAUAUUAUUGAGAACUGUGUAAGUGCUUGCGAGCAAUCAUGAGGCUUCUAAGUCACACACGUCCAGAUGCAUUCCCAAAUAAUGCCUUUCUUGUUUGGAUUUUGAUUGGCUUAGAGCUGGGACGAUUUGUGCUCAAUUACUCAGGUUCCUUUACACUAAACUAUUUACAAUUUUUUUUUACCAUUUAAUGAGGGGCCCCCUGACAUCCUUCAUCCUUCCGAAGGUAGAAACCCCUUACAAGCGUGACGUGACCGACGAUACAUAUAUCACCAAACCCACCCCGUCACCGCCCGUCCAGCGGCACGUAGAACAGAUUCGAGACUUCCCCCCCCUCCCCCAACUAUUUUCACGUCCAGUUAAGUAGAGUAAUCUGUCUCGUAAUUUCUUUGAUAAUCCGACAUCCCGGCACCGAGAGCAAAAUCGGUCGCCCGCUCUCAGCCAGGGCUGUCGAACUUUUUUUCCCCCGUGACGUGCGACGGUGUCGACGGUGUCGACCGCGUCUAUAGAAGCCGCAAGGAUGGCAAACUCGUCGUCACAGCUGAGCUUCCCAUGGCCGGCUGUGGGCCAAUUUCCCAUUCGGGCCAGAAAGGGCCCAUUGGGGGUGGUGGAGGACCUCAGGAGAGUGUUGAGCCAUUCCAGUCCAUUUAAGUGUAUAGAGCUACCCAUAAAUGAGGUGAUGAUGAAAUACAUUUAAGCAGUAGGUAUGGUCACAAUAUUGUAAAACUAACUCGUCCUAAUGCUGUAUUUAAGACGAAUCUGGUGUGAAUAUGAAGAUUCCAUGUUGACCAGAUGCAUUUCAACAUUUAUAUUUGACUUGGUAUUUAUGUUAUAAAUAUUAUAUUGAGGUUGGUGACUUUUAAGUACGCAAUUGCUUUGCUUGACAGGAGUGGUCCCCCUGCAUCUGCUGGCUCUGUCGCCUCUUUGUUCAGGGCGACCACUGUGGUCACGUUAUUUUCUCGCACGUUUGCUGGCUGUCGUGUCGCCUCCUGAAGCCGGUGCCGCUCACUGGUGCCACGUUUUAACCACCGUGGGCAAAAGAUGGAGAGCUGUAGAUGACGUAAUUCAGGAAACCCUCGUUUGAUUCUCGACAAUGAAUUUGAGUGCUUUGUUAAAUAACGAAGACGAUUUUUUUCACGCGGGUCCUACCUUGGCAUUCAUCGCAAUAUACUUUAUAACCGGUGGGUCGAAUGAGAUGGAAGGAGCAAACCCCAUCACGGACGAGGUGAUAACAAAGCACUGAGCGGACAGGUUGGCAAACCCACUUGCUGUACUGCCAUCUGGAUACACUCCAGCACGGCUGGUCUAGUAGUUUGACAAAGCUGCGUGAUCCACCAACCCUUGUUUCCUAAACAUGUGCACGCCUACAUCCAUUAGUUUCAGGGCGGAGUCGGUGGAUCGCGCAGAGAUGGUGACAUGCGAGGAGUUUCAGCAUCAUCUCCCUGUGUGCUUUGAUUGGGCUUUCUUCUCCAGGUGUACCGGUCUUGUUACGCGCGUUAAAAUAUAAAUUGAACAAUCAAAUUGGCCACUCGUGCCAGUGCAGGAUCCUCGUGAGAAUCUCAACACUGAGGCUUUUUUUUCUUAAAAAUCGGAACAAAAAUUUGUUUUUAUUUCAAACCAGGGGAGAGUCGAUUCAGACCCCUCAUCUCUUCAAAGGAGGCCUGAAUUCAAAGGACGCUUGCGAAGUCACGCCCCAACAAUUGCUUUCGUGUGUACGUGUACGUUUAAACAAUAUAAGCUACGUCUAAAACGUUCCACGCUCGUUCCUAUCGUGCGUUUGACAGUGACCAGGUCCCCCCAUCUCCUGCCGAGGGAACAGGGAAGCCGUGGGUAGAAUGUGACUUGAUGGGGGCGUGGACGUGUGGUCUCUUUAUUCGCUGUCUGUAGAUUUUAGACCGAGCAGAGGGAUGUGUUCUUGAAGACUGCUUUAGAAAACGUUAAGACUCUGAUACAUAUAACACGUUAGUGAAUGUGAAUUAAGUUGCAACAGGUGUAAAUACAUUUUGUAAAUACCUAUCCUCGUGCUUGCAUCGCACACAUACACAGGUUUACAUACUCACACUACAAUACGAGUUUUCUUUUUUACACUGGGAUAUUUGUAUUUAUUGCGGCGCGUCUUCAGGUUACAUCAUAACCCCACGCAAAGGGAACAAAUCGUGAAAGGUGGCCCGGUUAAAGCCCCCCAGGGGUGGGCUAAGUGCCAGGAUCAAACGUUGGGUUGGUGUUGGGGGCGAGUGAUUAAAUUUGGUUCGGGGUAGAGCUAGGUUCCUAUUGGUUAGCCGGGCGAUGGGUAGUGCUUGUGUUCAGGUCUGGUUUUUUUGUUUGGUCAUGGCUGGGGGGGGGGGUAGAGCCUGGUUUGAUUCGUGCUAGGAGAUAUGGUUAGGGUUUGGUUGGCUAGUGUGGUUAGGACUAGGGGCUAGGGUUGGGUAUAGUUGACUCGUGUACCUAUGGCUAGGGCGUAGGGUUAUGAUUAGUGGGCUAGGGGGUAGGGUUAGUUAGCAAGUGUGGUUAAGGCUAGGGUUUUGUUGGAUGUGGUUAGGGGUGAGUGCCCGUCUCGUGUGCGAAACACUCUUCUCCCGAUUACCAAAUGCAGUCUUUUAAUUUGUUGUCCGUGUUUCACACUUUUGAUGUCCGUAGCGCUUGACCGUGAACUCUGGCGUGCGCGGUGUGUCGCGUGUCUUAACGGUCACCGCUGUGAGAAACCAAAGUGCGUGGUUAUUUUUACGAGGGGAUGGAAGUGGCUAGUCCAGGGCCUCCCGACUCGUGCUCGCUUUACGCCCACCCCCCAGUCAGUUCCUUCACAUUCGUUUUGCAAAAUAAAGGUUGUCGCACAUUGAAAUUUUGCCGAGUAACGCAACUUGUGAUCCGAUUACGAAAGGUAAUCCCGUGUAAUUGCUACAUUGUAAGUUGCGGUAUCGGAUUACCCCCGGUUUAUUUGUCUACCGUGGGAUUAUUCUAUGAUUUUAAAAAUGUUAAAGACAUUUCCGAGAACAAUAUAGCUCGAGUGGGGAAGUGAUGCCUCCGACGUCUUGGGUUGACUUGAGGACCAGCAUUGACCGACGCUCGCAAGCCACGCCGCACAGCCUACGGUCGCAGCGUAAUACUGCUUUGAAAUCUAAUGGCGCGACCGGACACACGAGUGUGAUAUGGGUGACGAUAAAACUAAUCAAUCCGAUAAUACCGAAUGCAGGAUCACGUUACGGGCGAGCGUCAAGUUCGUCGGCGGACGCCGAUUGCAUUUGAAAUUGCUGCCCUCCACAACCCCCGAGCGUUGCCGACAGACAGACACUUGGAUUGGUCGAAGUGAAAACCUGGAGCGUGGGGCGGGAAGCAAAGUGCGGAAUGGAGUUUUUGGAGGCCCUGGGCUGUGGCCGGUGCACGCUGAGGAAGGGACGGCCCGAGCUGCGUUGCUUGUGGCAUUGCCGCUGUGUGUGGCCGAUUGUGCAUCGAGUUUGCGUUUCACCGAUAACAUGUUUUAACACUUUUCGUAAUGUUAAACAUUUUUGGUUACAGCUGAAUUGAGUAAAAGGUUUUUACCAAAGUUUUUAAGCCAUCACUGUGAAGGCUUGUCCGCCAUGCAAGCUUACCACGUAAUCACUUCAAGAACAGUCUAAUUACUUGCAACAAAACACUGCUAUUGCUGGUUUAAUGAAGGUCCAACGGUCGUUUAGUGUCACCCUCUACGAGUGUUUAUAAAAUGUAGUUGGUUGCAAAUUUGGUCAAGGGUAGGAAUCUCCCCGGUUGCGUGGGCCACCUUUUACACAGAGCCGACCCGGACAUAUUUCUCAGUCGACACCACAUCUACCAAAUCUGUUCUGUGCACCGUCACAAAGUUCAACGCAAUACCAAAACCAGAUCUUGGUACAAAUCAAUUUCCUGCCACCCGAACAUAGAUGCGAAUUCCCAGGCUUGUGGGGUUAAGCCCGGAACCCAGAAAGGUGGCAACUCUACUCCCUGGCACGGUAUUUUCUUGGUCAGAUCAGUGUCGAGUGGAGUGCUCUCUUGGUGGCCCUAAGCUAAAGGUGGUGGUUAUUCUCCAUUCCUCUUCACAUGGGAAAACCUCUGAUUUCUCAUGAAGUGCCGCUGAUCGAAUUGACCCAGGAGGGACUGCUAAUGAUGUUGGGCUGGGUUGACCCCUGACCAGAAUUUGACCUUGUGACUGCCAGUGGGAGGGUAACAUCUGUCCAGUGCCACCUGGACAGGAUGUAACAUGGGCUUGGUAGCAUCGCUGCAUGCAUGCUCGGUCACUGCCAUAGCAAGCCUCGCACUCACAAGGUAACGCACAGUCAGCAUUUCACAACGGUUGGUGCCUUUUGUCAAUUUGCAUAAAUAGCAAUGGAAGAAAGUAUAACUGCACUAAAUACAACAAUGAGCUGGACUGCAUUUUUAUUGAUGUUUAGAUUCCCGCGUGGAAAUGUGACGUUGAUCGAGUGUAAUUGUUGUAUGGGUGGUGGGCACUGGCUCACAAUGGACACGUUUCUGAAACCUAGUGGCAUUUCAAACGAUGCAUUUGUAAAUGAAAUAAAAACAAAUCACUGUGGUUUGGCUAAAAAAAUCCACAUAAUCGACGUUUCCAAGUUUUGUGCAGUGUUUAAAAGUGUAACGUUUGAGUUUUUCUACUCAGUCUAUACCCUACAUGCACGCGUGUGUAUGUGUGGUAUACGGUUCGUAUAAUUUCG